AUGGCCGAAGUGCCUAUAGAGCACGACUGGAGAGCAGAACAGUGGGAUUGGCCACUUCAAAAUAAUGAUGGAGUGGUACGAAUGACCAAUACGAAUGAAAAGUUUGAAGUUGCCUUAGACGCUUCAUUCUUCACUCCUAAGGAAAUCGAAGUAAAAGUGGCAGGAGAGAAAUUGGUAAUUCAUUUGAUGCACGAAUCGCGUACUGAUCAAUUUGGAGAGAUUAAACGAGAAAUAAGCCGCACCUAUAAACUGCCACCUGAUGUUGACACGAAAACUUUAAAGUCAAAUUUGACUGCAAGAGGUCAUUUAGUUAUAGCUGCCAAGAAGAAACAAUAA